AUGUUGUGGAUCAGUAUCAAGUCGAAAAGGGUGGCUAAUAUUGUGGAUGCUCCCGCAAGAAGAAAGGUUGCACUGGCUACUGGAAUGCCGUGGAAGUUGGAUACAAACAAGUAUUGCUCAGAGAUGGUCACCUUCUUCUUCUUCUCAUUUCGUCUCUUUAUUAUCACACUAUUACUUCCACUGCUUGUCGUGGGGUUUGACGAUUGUGAGGAGAGCCGGUGCAGGAGCGGCGGUCCUGGAAUCCAUUUCCCUUUCAAGCUUAAACAUGAGCAGGCGCAGCACUGUGGGUAUCCCGGAUUCGAGUUAUCCUGUGAUAACAAUGGCAACACUGUGAUGGAGCUGCCGCAUGAUGUGCAAUUACAGGUUGAUCAGAUUGACUAUGCGUCCCAGCAGAUCUUCCUAUCUGACCCUGAUGCUUGUCUUUCUGGCAAGAUGCUAUUACACCUUAACUUAUCUCUAUCUCCAUUCCAAUAUUCUGGCUCAGUAUCCUGGUACGACUUCUCCCUAUUCAACUGUUCUGCAUCCAAUGAUUUUGGUGGCACAAUUUAUGAUGGGUUAAUUUCCUGUCUUGCUGUUCCUGGUUACCAAAUAUAUGCCAUUUCCUCCUCACACUCCAUCGAUGAAUUCCCGUCCUCAUCUUGCUUUUAUCCGGUUUAUUAUUUAAAGGAUACUCUUCAGCUUAAGUGGAUAAGUCCAUCAUGUUUAAAUUGUGAAGCACAAGGCAAAGAUUGUAGGUUAAAGAACCAUAAUAACAUCACACUGGGAGUUCAAUGCCUUAGCAGACCAAAGAAAACAGGUGCCAUUUUGGGCUUCUUUCUGUUGGCAUUUGGCGCCUACAAGUUUUACACCACCACUAAAACACAAAAAGAGAACCAGAAAAGAGUUGAAAAUUUUUUAGAAGAUUACAGAGCUAUGAGGCCAACAAGAUAUAGCUUUGCUGAUAUCAAGAAAAUCACUAAUCAGUUUAGUGAGAGACUGGGAGAAGGAGUUUAUGGAAUUGUGUACAAAGGGAAGCUUUCCAGUGAAAUUCACGUCGCAGUCAAAGUGCUGAAUGAUUCCAAUGCGAACGGAGAGGAGUUCAUCAAUGAAGUUGGGAUAAUAGGAAAGAUCCACCAUGUUAACGUGGUUCGUUUGGUUGGCUUCUGCGCCGAUGAAUUUAGACGAGCACUCGUGUACGAGUACUUGUCAAAUGAAUCCUUGGAGAAAUCCAUAUUUUCAACAGGUUCAAAGAAUGUUGCCCCCCUGGGUUGGAAAAAGAUUCAAGAAAUAGCCCUGGGUAUAGCCAAAGGAAUUGAAUAUCUCCAUCAAGGUUGCGACCAGCAAAUUCUUCAUUUCGAUAUCAAACCCCACAACAUCCUGCUAGAUCACAACAUGAAUCCCAAGAUUGGUGAUUUUGGACUUGCAAAAUUGUGCUCCAAAGAGAAAAGUGCUGUCACCAUGACGGCUGCCAGGGGAACCAUGGGUUAUAUUGCACCCGAAGUUGUGUCCAGUAACUUUGGCAAAGUCUCUCACAAGUCAGACGUUUAUAGCUUUGGCAUGUUGCUUCUGGAAAUGGUGGGAGGAAGGAAGAAUUUUGAUGCUAACAAAGCGACUAAUGCCAGCCAAGAUAGUUUUCCAGAAUGGGUGUACAAUCACCUUAACAGAAAAGGAGAGUUGCGAAUCAGAAUCGAGGAGGAGGAGGAUGAAGUGAUAGUGAAAAAACUGGCAAUAAUAGCAUUGUGGUGCAUCCAAUGGCAACCAGUGGACCGGCCUCCAAUGAAAGUUGUAGUUCAAAUGCUAGAAAGAGAGGGACACGAUUUGGUGUUGCCUUCUAGCCCUUUCAUGACAACAAAUGUGAAUGAUAUCCCUCCUGUUCUAGCAUAG